UCAGAUGUAAAAUAUCAACGUAAACAAAUACGGUUCUGUCUGUCGCCGUCGGAACGAUUUCUGCGACUACUUGUUUUUUAUUCGUGUAGUAUCUUCAGAAUUAUCUGCAUUUAGCAUUUACCGUUUAUGUCAUUCCUUAAACGUCACGUGAAGUAGCGGGCAUGUGACUUCUUUUCUCCAGCCGGAAUCAUAACCUGAAUUAUUUCAUCACCACCUGCUGUUACUUUCUGAAUUAUUUCACGCUGCAUCUAAACAACCCGUUCGAAUUGUACAAUAACAGCCCUUUCAUGCAGAGAAUGGAACGGUUUGAACUAGCAAAAAGAUUAAAAAGGUUCCUUGAAGUCCAUCUCACAAAGCGAAGACUUUUCUUAGGUAUAGUUAUUUUUGGUUUAAUCCUGUACUUUGGACAGCCAAGAGUCGGGAGAUGGCUCUACAGACCUCAGGCGAUAGUUGAUGAUAUGGUUGAAAGGUGUAUGGAAGAUAGAUUAACAUCAUUUCACUCUGAAGCCUCAGAGUAUGAUGCUAAUAUUCUACAUUCUCCCCCUCAAGAAAAUGAAUUUUCCUACCUGCCGUAUGUUGGCAAUGGUUAUAUCGGCCUUCCUGUCAAGUUUGAUGGCAGAAUUAUGAUACGUAGUGGACGGACUUUGUCUCAAGAAGUUCCAAUCAGACCACUUAUUUCUGUUUCAAUGUCGGGCAAGUUUGCUGAAGCAUCCGUUGUGAGAUAUUUGGAUGGUGUGGUAUAUCGAUACCAAUGUAUGCGGAUGGGUCUGUACGCCAAGUAUCAGUAUUAUGCCCAUCGAACUAUUCCAGGACUUCUCAUUCAAGAAAUUAAGGUGGUCAAUCCAUCAGACACAAAUUUAAACUUAGAAGUUUCUCACUCAUCCCCUCCAGAUUCAUGGCUUUCUUCAUCAAAUACUAUCAGAUUACAGCAUGCUGUUAGCCAAGCAGAAUUCAAAGUUUCCAAAGGUAAAAUUGAUAUUGACUCUGAUAGAGUUAUAGCUGUGGCUGCUGUCGCAAGCUCUAUCCCUUCCAUACUUGAGGUUAAAGCUCGAAGUCAUGCCAAUAUUAUUGUUUAUUGUACAAUUGCUUAUUCCAAACCUAUGUCAUCGGAUGAGUAUUAUGCGACUAAAACAUCUGUUGAAAACCAAGCCAUCCAGACUAUGAAGGAUGCUCUUCUAAAGACAACUGCAAGUCUCAGACGUGAUCACUCUGCUGUUUGGAAUCAGUUGUGGAGCACAGGACUAAAAAUUAGCAAUUCAUUGGCAGCAGGUGCCCUGAAUGGACACCUGAUUAAUUCUACGAUGUAUCAUGUGUUGUCUCAGUCUCCAUCUCCCUAUCAUGUGGAGAGUGCCAAUGCUACAACUAAGGCCCAAGUAAUGAAAAGCUUAGCCUAUGCAGACGGGUGUUAUUCAAGCUACCACACUCUGGAUGCUGAAAACCUUUGGAAGGAUCUAUCAACUUUGUCUGAAGUGAACAAUGUUGUGUCAAGGUGGCUUUUAACUUUAGAAAAGCAGGGCUGCCCAAAUCUAAUCAAGGCUGGAGCCUUAGGUGUGGUUCAGGCUAUGGUGUUAAGUUUUGGAAGUCUCAGAUUUAGUAACCAGCAUCUUGAAUUCAACAUCCACCCAAAGUACCUUCAUAGAGAUCUUGAUUUCCGGCGUUUGAGCUAUGGAAAUUCCAGUCAUGUCAACAUAAGUGUUGUUGUUCAGGAAGAUAAUCAUGCUGUGUUGUAUGUUGCUCUUGACCGAAGUGACAAGAACUAUUACGCUUGUGAUGGGGGUUGUCUUGAUAAACCAGUGCAGCUUGGACCAGACAGAAUUCAGUUCCCUGUCAAAUUGACUGAACCUGUCACUCCUAUUCUAUAUGUCACUUAUGACCGUCAACAUAUGGAAGACCUUCGCCAUGCCAUUCAUGUAAAGGAAAUUAGUGAAGCCCCUGCUCUGGAGCACCAUGUCAUCGCAUUGCAUAAACAUGGGCAUCAUCUAGGGGGCCUUCCAAACCUUUUCUGGGUGUCCAUUGGUGUUUUAAUUGUUGUAUUCCAUCUCUUUCUUUUCAAACUAAUUUAUAAUGAGUACAAAGGAUCUACUGAUAAAUUCAGGGCACGGUAUGGUAAGCUCUGAUUGGUCUUUUGAGUUUUCUCCUCCAGUCAUAAUUUAUUUUGAGCAUAAACUCCCCAUUCAAGAGUUUUUUCAUAUCUUUAGUGAAUGUAAGGGGAACCAAAACUUCAAGUUAAAGACUGCCUAUGUAUCUAACCCUUAACUUUCUUGUAGAAUAACAGAACUGAAUUUGGUAUCUUCUUUGAUGACUUGAAGGACUUGAAGGAGAGCAACUCACACACAAUACAAUAACAACAAUAUCAUUUUGAUUUACCUGACUGUGAUCUUUCCAUCCAAUUUUAAGAUUGUUGUUGUUUAUUAUAUAGUAUUUUAUUGUGUGUAUAUGAACAUCACUUGAAGAUCCACUUGUAUCACAGCUCUGCUUUUAAAUUGACUUAAAAUCAAGCCAAUUUUGGAUGUUUUAUCUCUAUAAAUUGUACCAUGUAUUUAAAAAGUCAAAUUUCUUUACAUCUUUCCAAUUUGCUAAAUUGAUGUAAAUUGUUCUUAAUUUUUGAGCUUUGAGCUAAAUGAACGACAAUUUAAGAACUGACCCUGACAAUGUUUGUUGAUUGCUGUGGAAGCGUGUAUUGCUAUACUUAUGUUUUUGUUGUGCUUUGAAUUACUCAACUAAUAUAGUUGUUUGUUCUUUAAAGUAUUUUUUUAAAUGUUGAAUUUCGUUAACAAUGUGAUAUUACAUAUUUAUGUUGAUUUUUUCUAACGAAUUAAGGGGUUUCUUUUCCAUCACUGUAUACCUUAAAUAAGUUCCUUGAUCUUGAUUUUAUUUACUUGAGUAUGUCACCUGAUUUUGUUGGAGUAUUUCUAUCUCUUUUCCAGUGUGAUUAAAAUAUUAAACCCAAUUAAUUGUACUAGUCGAAUGUAAAUUUCAAAAUAUGCUAAUGUUCUAAAAUUUUACACAAAAAAGCAAAGAGUCCUGUAAACCAAUGUUAAAUUGGAAAGACUGAGGCAAAUCCCAGUAAUACAUAGUUGUAUUCCUUGUAACCUAAAACUGCUUUCCUCCUUCUGAAAGCAGUUAUUGAUUUUUGUUCUGUUAGUUGUUUUUUUGUUUUGUUUUUUUUUCAUCUGUUUCUGAAAACCAAACAAUUUACAUAGAAAUUUCAAAUAAAUGUAUUUCAACAAAAGUAUUACAUAGUUUUGACCCAACUUAAUUAUAGACUUGUUUUAUUUAGCUAGUUCUAAGAAUUGUCCUUGUGUACAUAUUUUUGUUGGUUUAUGUAAAGAUAAUCAUAGAUGUUCAAUAAAUACUUUUAUGACUUUCGA